UGGGUAACACCACGCUUGGCCUCCCGCACCCCAACGUCCCUGCGCAUCACCUGGCCCCAGCCCCUGGUUCCUCCUGAUGGCUACCGGGUGACACUUGUCCCUCUGGAUGACCCUGUGGCCAUGACAACGCACGAACUGCCCAGCUCUGCUGUCGCCUUCUCAGUGACAGGGCUGUCCCCAGGCCACCCCUUCGAGCUGCUGGUCCAAGCCCGGCGGGGGCCGCAUCUAGGGGCACCUGGGGUCCUGCGUCUGCGCACAGCACUCAUCCCAUCUGUGCCACACUAUGAGGGGUCCCCGGCGUCGCCUCAGGGCUCCCUGGGGUCCCCAGCAGUGGCACCAUCAGCCCGAGGACCCCCAGAGUCCCCAGGAUCCCCAGGGUCACUGGGACCCCCAGGGUCACCAGUGUCACCCAUAUCACCAGACUUGUCCUUGGGAUCACCCGGGUCUUUGGGAUCACCAGCAUCCCCCAAGGUUCCAGCAUCCCCAGUAGCUCGAGGGUCCCCGGGAUCCCCAGCACCCCCCAGGUCAUCAGUGUCACCAGAGUCCCCAGAGUCACCAGCAUCACCAGAAUUCCCAGGGUCAUCAGUGUCACAAGAUUUCUCAGUGUCACCAGCGUCCCCAGAGUCCCCAUUGUCCCCAGAGUUCCCAGAGCUUCCAGGGUCCCCAGAGUCCCCAGUGUUUCCAGGGUCCACUCCACCCCCAUGGUCCCCGGUGUCCCCAUGGCCCCCACUGUCCCCAGGCAUCCCCUCCCUGCAGGACCUGGUGGCCCGGCUGUCCACAUACAGUGGAUCCCUGCUCCAGCGUCUCGAGAGCCACCUUCGGGCCACCAACUUCCCACUCCGUGGCAACCAGACAGUGCCAGGGGUGGCCCGUGCCAUCCUGGCUUACAUCCUGCGCCGGCACCCAGAGCUUGGGAGAAGACAGGGACCCACAGGGGAGGGUGGAAACCAGGAGCCGGUGCUGGAAUGGGUGGACAUGGAUGGGAUGGAGCUGAUGGAGCCAUGGAAGGAUGUGGAGAAAACAGUCAAGGCUGAGCCAGAGGAGCUGCGUCCAUCCCGGCCAGUCCUGGGUGACCUCAGUGUCACCAGCAUCGCCCCCAGCUCCAUGCAGCUGCAGUGGACUGUCCCCAAGGGCUCCUUUGACUCCUUCAUGCUGCAGUACCGGGAUGCCCAAGGCCAGCCCCAGGCCUUGCCCAUUGAUGGCGGGUCUCACUCGGUGACGGUGCCGGGGCUGUCCCCCUCCCGCCGGUACCGCUUCCACCUCUAUGGACUGCGGGGUGGGAAGAGGAUCGACCGUGUUUCCAUUGAUGUCAUCACAGCUGCAGCAGAGCCAGAGGAGCAGCCCCUGCCCUCAGAGAAGCCCCAACAUGAAAAACAUCGAACUGAGUCCCCUGCAUCUGAGGCACCCCUUGUGCGGGCAAUGCUGGACGAUCUGAGGGUCUCCAGCGUCACCCCCGACUCUGUGCAGCUGCAGUGGAGCGUCCCCAGUGGCUCCUUUGACUCCUUCAUGCUGCAGUAUCGGGAUGCCGAGGGCCAGCCCCAGGCCUUGCCCAUCACUGGCAGGUCCCGCUCAGUGACAGUGCCAGGUCUGUCUCCAUCCCACCAGUACCGCUUCCACCUCUAUGGGCUGCGGGGUAAAAAGAAGAUUGACCACGUCUCCACUGAGGCUGUGACAGGCACAGAAGAGCCAGAGGAAUUGCCCUUGCCCUCAGAGGAGCAAAAACAUGAGAAACUCCAAAUUGAGACACCCCCGUCUGAUUCCCCCCCGGUGCAGGCAGUGAUGGGGGAGCUGAGGGUAUCCAAUGUCACCUCCAGCUCCAUGCAGCUGCAGUGGAGUGUUCCUGAGGGCUCCUUUGACUCCUUCAUGCUGCAGUACCGGGAUGCCCAUGGCCAGCCCCAGGCCCUGCCCAUUGAUGGGAGGUCCCGAUCGGUGACGGUGCCGGGGCUGUCCCCGUCUCGCCGGUACCGCUUCCAUCUGUACGGGCUGCAGGGUAGGAAGAAGACAGACCGUGUCUCUAUCGACAUUAUCACAGCAGCAGAAGAGCCAGAGGAAUUGCUCCUGCCCACAGAGGAACUGCAGGAUGAGAAACCCCAAACUGAGGCCCCACCAUCUGAGGCCACUCCAGCACAGGCAGUACUGGAUGAGCUGAGGGUCUCCAGCAUCACCCCCAGCUCUGUGCAGCUUCAGUGGACUGUCCCCAAGGGCUCCUUUGACUCCUUCAUGCUGCAGUAUCGGGAUGCUGAGGGCCAGCCCCAGGCCCUGCCCAUCGAUGGCGGGUCUCGCUCGGUGACGGUGCCAGGCCUGUCCCCAUCCCGCCGGUACCGCUUCCACCUCUAUGGGCUGCGUGGAGGCAAAAGGAUUGACCGUGUCUCCACUGACACUGUCACAGCUCCAUCCACCAUCAACCCUUCCAGCAAUCUAUUGAAUUCCACCUUCCAUCAUCCAUCAUCCAUCAUCAGCCACAGCAACCAUCAAUUAUCCAUCAUCAUCCAUCAUCCUUAUCUACCACGUAUCACCAUCAUCCAUCAAUUAUCAUGCAUCCAUCUAUCCAUCCAUGCUUCCCUCCUCCUCUAUCCAUCAAGGACGGAUUCAAUGAUGGAUGAAUGGAAGAUUGUCCAUGGGAAAUGGGGGAGGGGUGAAGAUGUGGAGGGAAAUGCCAGUGAAGAACCCUUGCCCUCGGUGACCAAACACGAGAAGCCAAAAGCUGAGUCCACCACAUCUGAUGCCUUCCCAGCUCCAGCAGUUCUCAGUGACAUGACAGUCUCCAGUGUCACACCCAACUCUGUGCAGCUGCAGUGGAGCGUCCCCAAGGGCCCCUUUGACUCCUUCAUGCUGCAGUACCGGGAUGCCCAUGGCCAGCCCCAGGCCCAGCCCAUUGAUGGGGAAUCUCGCUCUGUGACUGUGCCAGGGCUGUCCCCAUCCCACCGGUACCGCUUCCACCUCUAUGGGCUGAGGGGAAAGAAAAAGACUGACCACGUCUCCACCGAGGCUAUAACAGCAGCAGAAGAGCCAGAGGAACUGCCCCUGCCCACAGAGGAACGGCAGGAUGAGAAACCCCAAACUGAGGCCCCACCAUCUGAGGCCACUCCAGCACAGGCAGUACUGGAUGAGCUGAGGGUCUCCAGCAUCACCCCCAGCUCUGUGCAGCUUCAGUGGACUGUCCCCAAGAGCUCCUUUGACUCCUUCAUGCUGCAGUAUCGGGAUGCUCAGGGCCAGCCCCAGGCCCUGCCCAUCGAUGGCGGGUCUCGCUCGGUGACGGUGCCAGGCCUGUCCCCAUCCCGCCGGUACCGCUUCCACCUCUAUGGGCUGCGUGGAGGCAAAAGGAUUGACCGUGUCUCCACCGACACUGUCACAGCCAGUGAAGAAACCUUGCCCUCAGAGGAGCCCAAACACGAGAAGCCAAAAGCUGAGUCCACCACAUCUGAUGCCCUCCCGGCUCCAGCAGUUCUCAGUGACAUGACAGUCUCCAGUGUCACACCCAACUCUGUGCAGCUGCAGUGGAGUGUCCCUGAGGGCCCCUUUGACUCCUUCAUGCUGCAGUACCGGGAUGCCCAUGGCCAGCCCCAGGCCCUGCCCAUUGUGCCAGGGCUGUCCCCAUCCCACCGGUACCGCUUCCACCUCUAUGGGCUGAGGGGAAAGAAAAAGACUGACCACGUCUCCACCGAGGCUAUAACAGCCACAGACAAGACAGAGGAGCCACCCUCACCCUCCGGGGAGCCCCAAACUGAAGCCCUGCCAACUGAUGACAACCAGCCUGAGCAUACCCAAAAUGAGGUCCCCCUGGCGCGGGCAGUGCUGGGAGAGCUGAGAGUUGCCAGUGUCACCCCCGACUCUGUGCAGCUGCAGUGGAGCGUCCCUGAGGCCCCCUUUGACUCCUUCAUGCUGCAGUACCGGGAUGCCCAGGGCCAGCCCCAGGCCCUGCCCAUUGAUGGGGGAUCUCGCUCCAUAACGGUGCCAGGGCUGUCCCCAUCCCGCCGGUACCGCUUCCACCUCUAUGGGCUGAGGGAUGGGAAGAGGACUGACCGUGUCUCCACUGACAUUAUCACAGCUGCAGCCAAGCCAGAGGAGCUGCCCCUGCCUUCAGAGGAGCCCAAGCCUGAGGUCAUCCCAUCUGAUGCCCCACCAGCAUGGGCAGAGCUGGGGGAGCUGAAGGUCUCCAGUGUCACCCCUGACUCUGUGCAGCUGCAAUGGAGCGUCCCCAAGGGCCCCUUUGAUUCCUUCAUGCUGCAGUAUCGGGAUGUCCAUGGCGAGCCCCAGUCCCUGCCCAUUGAUGGCAGGUCCCGCUCGGUGACAGUGCCAGGGCUGUCCCCAUCUUAUCAGUACCGCUUCCACCUCUACGGGUUGCAAGAUGGGAAAAGGGUUGACCAUGCGUCCACCAAUGUCAUCACAGAUGCAGCAGUGCCAGAGCAGAUGCCCAUACCCUCAGUGGAGCCCCAACUUGAAGAUCACAAACCUGAGCAGCCCCAAACCGAGGUCGACCAGGGACAGGUCGCACUGGGGAAGUUGAGGGUCUCCAACGUCACACCCAACUCCGUGCAGCUGCAGUGGAGCAUCUCUGAGGGCUCCUUUGACUCCUUUACACUGCAGUACAGGGAUGCCCUGGGCCAGCCCCAAGCCCUGGCUGUUGAUGGGGAAUCCCGCUCCAUAACAGUGCCAGGGCUGUCCCCAUCCCACCGGUACCGCUUCCACCUCUAUGGACUGAGGGACGGGAAGAGGACUGACCGUGUCUCCACUGACAUUAUCACAGCUGCUGAGAAGAAGCUGGAGGAACUGCCCCUGCCUACAAACGUACCACAGCAGCAUGAGAAACCCCAAACUGAGGCCCCCACUGCUGAGGCACUCCCAGCACGAGCAGUGCUGAGGGACCUGACAGUCUCCAGUGUCACCCCCAGCUCUGUGCAGCUGCAGUGGAGUGUCCCUGAGGGCUCCUUUGACUCCUUCAUGCUGCAGUACCGGGAUGCCCAUGGCCAGCCCCAGGCCCUGCCCAUUGAUGGGGGAUCUCACUCUGUAACGGUGCCAGGGCUGUCCCCAUCCCACCGGUACCGCUUCCACCUCUAUGGGCUGAGGGGAAAGAAAAAGACUGACCACGUCUCCACCGAGACGAUGACAGCAGCAGAAGAGCCAGAGGAACUGCCCCUGCCCACAGAGGAACCGCAGGAUGAGAAUCCCCAAACUGAGGCCCCACCAUCUGAGGCCACUCCAGCACAGGCAGUACUGGAUGAGCUGAGGGUCUCCAGCGUCACCCCCAGCUCUGUGCAGCUUCAGUGGACUGUCCCCAAGGGCUCCUUUGACUCCUUCAUGCUGCAGUAUCGGGAUGCUGAGGGCCAGCCCCAGGCCCUGCCCAUCGAUGGCGGGUCUCGCUCAGUGACGGUGCCAGGCCUGUCCCCAUCCCGCCGGUACCGCUUCCACCUCUAUGGGCUGCGUGGAGGCAAAAGGAUUGACCGUGUCUCCACUGACACUGUCACAGCCACAGAGAAGCCGGAGGAACUGCCCCUGCCUACAGAGGAACCACAGCAUGAAAAAUCCAAAACUGAGGAACCCGCAACUCAGGCAUUCCCAGCACGAGCAGUACUGGGGGAUCUGAAGGUCUCCAGUGUCACCCCCAGCUCCGUGCAGCUGCUGUGGACUGUCCCUGAGGGCCCCUUUGACUCCUUCAUGCUGCAGUACCGGGAUGCCCAUGGCCAGCCCCAGGCCCUACCCAUUGAUGGGGAAUCUCGCUCUGUGACUGUGCCAGGGCUGUCCCCGUCCCACCGGUACCGCUUCCACCUCUAUGGGCUGAGGGGAAGGAAGAAGGUUGACCACGUCUCCACCGAGGCCCUGACAGCUGCUGAGAAGAAGCUGGAGGAACUGCCCCUGCCUACAAACGUACCACAGCAGCAUGAGAAACCCCAAACUGAGGCCCCCACUGCUGAGGCACUCCCAGCACGAGCAGUGCUGAGGGACCUGACAGUCUCCAGUGUCACCCCCAGCUCUGUGCAGCUGCAGUGGAGUGUCCCUGAGGGCUCCUUUGACUCCUUCAUGCUGCAGUACCGGGAUGCCCAUGGCCAGCCCCAGGCCCUGCCCAUCGAUGGGGAAUCUCGCUCUGUAACGGUGCCAGGGCUGUCCCCAUCCCACCGGUACCGCUUCCACCUCUAUGGGCUGAGGGGAAGGAAAAAGAUUGACCACGUCUCCACCGAGGCGAUGACAGCAGCAGAAGAGCCAGAGGAACUGCAGGAUGAGAAUCCCCAAACUGAGGCCCCACCAUCUGAGGCCACUCCAGCACAGGCAGUACUGGAUGAGCUGAGGGUCUCCAGCGUCACCCCCAGCUCUGUGCAGCUGCAGUGGACUGUCCCCAAGGCUCCCUUUGACUCCUUCAUGCUGCAGUAUCGGGAUGCUGAGGGCCAGCCUCAGGCCCUGCCCAUCGAUGGCAGGUCUCGCUCAGUGACGGUGCCAGGCCUGUCCCCAUCCCGCCGGUACCGCUUCCACCUCUAUGGGCUGCGUGGAGGCAAAAGGAUUGACCGUGUCUCCACCGACACUGUCACAGCCGCAGAGAAGCUGGAGGAACUGCCCCUGCCUACAGAGGAACCACAGCAUGAAAAACACAAAACUGAGUCCCCCUCUGCGGAGGCACUCCUAACACGUGCAGUACUGGGGGAUCUGAAGGUCUCCAGUGUCACCCCUGACUCUGUGCAGCUGCAGUGGAGCGUCCCCGAGGCCCCCUUUGACUCCUUCAUGCUGCAGUACCGGGAUGUCCAUGGCCAGCCCCAGGCCCUGCCCAUUGAUGGGGAAUCUCGCUCUGUGACUGUGCCAGGGCUGUCCCCAUCCCACCGGUACCGCUUCCACCUCUAUGGGUUGAGGGGAAGGAAGAAGAUUGACCACGUCUCCACCGAGGCCAUGACGGCAGCAGAAGAGCCAGAGGAACUGCCCCUGCCCACAGAGGAACGGCAGGAUGAGAAUCCCCAAACUGAGGCCCCACCAUCUGAGGCCACUCCAGCACAGGCAGUACUGGAUGAGCUGAGGGUCUCCAGCGUCACCCCCAGCUCUGUGCAGCUGCAGUGGACUGUCCCCAAGGGCUCCUUUGACUCCUUCAUGCUGCAGUAUCGGGAUGCUGAGGGCCAGCCUCAGGCCCUGCCCAUCGAUGGCAGGUCUCGCUCGGUGACGGUGCCAGGGCUGUCCCCAUCCCGCCGGUACCGCUUCCACCUCUAUGGGCUGCGUGGAGGCAAAAGGAUUGACCGUGUCUCCACCGACACUGUCACAGCGAUGCUGGGGGAUCUGAGGGUCUCCAGUGUCACCCCCAGCUCUGUGCAGCUGUGGAGUGUCCCUGAGGGCUCCUUUGACUCCUUCAUGCUGCAGUUCUAGGAUGCCCAUGGCCAGCCCCAGGCUCUGCCCAUCGCUGGUGGGUCCUGCUCAGUGACGGUGCCGGGGCUGUCCCCCUCCCACUGGUACCGCUUCCACCUCUAUGGGAUGCCCACAGACAAGACAGAGGAGCCACCCUCACCCUCCGAGGAGCCCCAAACUGAAGCCCUGCCAACUGACGACAACCAGCCUGAGCAUACCCAAAAUGAGGUCCCCCUGGUGCGGGCAGUGCUGGGAGAGCUGAGAGUUGCCAGUGUCACCCCCGACUCUGUGCAGCUGCAGUGGAGCGUCCCUGAGGGCCCCUUUGACUCCUUCAUGCUGCAGUACCGGGAUGCCCAGGGCCAGCCCCAGGCCCUGCCCAUUGAUGGGGAAUCUCGCUCCAUAACGGUGCCGGGGCUGUCCCCAUCCCACCGGUACCGCUUCCACCUCUAUGGGCUGAGGGACGGGAAGAGGACUGACCGUGUCUCCACUGACAUUAUCACAGCUGCAGCCAAGCCAGAGGAGCUGCCCCUGCCUUCAGAGGAGCCCAAGCCUGAGGUCAUCCCAUCUGAUGCCCCACCAGCAUGGGCAGAGCUGGGGGAGCUGAAGGUCUCCAGUGUCACCCCUGACUCUGUGCAGCUGCAAUGGAGCGUCCCCAAGGGCCCCUUUGAUUCCUUCAUGCUGCAGUAUCGGGAUGUCCAUGGCGAGCCCCAGUCCCUGCCCAUUGAUGGCAGGUCCCGCUCGGUGACAGUGCCAGGGCUGUCCCCAUCCUAUCAGUACCGCUUCCACCUCUAUGGGUUGCAAGAUGGGAAAAGGGUUGACCAUGCGUCCACCAAUGUCAUCACAGAUGCAGCAGUGCCAGAGCAGAUGCCCAUACCCUCAGUGGAGCCCCAACUUGAAGAUCACAAACCUGAGCAGCCCCAAACCGAGGUCGACCAGGGACAGGUCGCACUGGGGAAGUUGAGGGUCUCCAACGUCACACCCAACUCCGUGCAGCUGCAGUGGAGCAUCUCUGAGGGCUCCUUUGACUCCUUUACACUGCAGUACAGGGAUGCCCUGGGCCAGCCCCAAGCCCUGGCUGUUGAUGGGGGGUCCCGCUCGGUGACAGUGCCUGGGCUGUCCCCAUCCCACUGGUAUCGCUUCCACCUCUAUGGAGUGCGGGGCAGGAAGAGGAUUGACCGCGUCUCCACCGAUGUUGUCACAGCUGACCCAGAGGAUCUGCCCCCAUCCUCAAUUGACACCCCAACUGAGGCGGCUCCAUCUGAGACCCUGUCAGCACGGGCAGUAUUGGGGGAGCUGAAGGUCUCCAGUGUCACACCCAACUCUGUGCAGCUGCACUGGACUGUCCCAGAGGGCCACUUUGACUCCUUCAUGCUGCAGUACCGGGAUGCCCAGGGCCAGCCCCAGGCUCUGCCCAUCAAUGGCAGGUUGCGCUUGGUGACGGUGCCAGGGCUGUCCCCAUCCCACCGGUACCGCUUCCACCUCUAUGGGCUGCGGGCCAGGAAGAAGAUUGACCACGUCUCCACUGAGAUUGUCAUAGCUGACAGGGAAGCUGCAACUGUGCUAGAGGAGCUUCCCCUGCCCUCAGAGGAACCCGAAGAUGAGAAACACCAAACUGAGGUCCCCACAUCUGCACCCACCUGGUCGCAGGCAGUGCUGAAGGAGCUGAGAGUCUCCAGUGUCACCCCUGACUCUGUGCAGCUGCAGUGGACUGUCCCCAAGGCUCCCUUUGACUCCUUCAUGCUGCAGUACCGGGAUGCCCAGGGCCAGCCCCAGGCCCUGCCCAUUGAUGGGGAAUCUCGCUCUGUGACUGUGCCGGGGCUGUCCCCAUCCCACCGGUACCGCUUCCACCUCUAUGGGCUGAGGGGAAGGAAAAAGAUUGCCCAUGUUUCCACCGACAUUGUCACAGCCACAGCCAAGACAGAGGAGCUGCCCCUGCCCUCAGAGGAGCCCCAACCUGAGGACCCCAAAGGAAAAGACCCUCCAACUGAGGUCACCCCAUCUGAGGUCUCCCUGGAACAGGCAGUGCUGAGCGAUCUGAGGGUUUCCAAUAUCACCCCUGACUCUGUGCAGCUGCAGUGGAGUGUCCCCAAGGGCCCCUUUGACUCCUUCAUGCUGCAGUACCGGGAUGCCCAAGGCCAGCCCCAGGCCCUGCCCAUCGACGGUGGGUCUCGCUCAGUGACGGUGCCGGGGCUGUCCCCAUCCCACUGGUACCGCUUCCACCUCUACGGGCUGAGGGAUGGGAAAAGGAUUGACCACGUCUCCACUGAGACCACCACUGGUGAGGGGCUGCAGGGACUCCCCCAGGACCCCUCAGGGAAUGGAGCUGGAGUGGGGACAGGGCUGGGUGUGGAGCCCAGGGGGAGCUGGGAGGAACUGGGCUGUACUGGGGGAGCCAGAGAAAUGAGGGGGACCAGGAAGCUCAGGGGACUGGGGGGCACUGAGGACUGGGGAAUUUAG